AUGUAAAAAAGGGUAUAAAUCGAGAGUAGAAAAGUAUAAACAGUUUAUCUUCCUCUAGCUGCAUCCUCAUUAACAACUCAUUCUAGACUAACAUCUUAAUCAUAAUCAUAAACAUAAUCAUAACAUAACAUUAUCAAAGUCAUUUAAAAGUAAGUAAAAGUACGCAACCGAUCAUUAAAAACAAGAAACAAAAUAUAAAAAGAAAUAUUAUCAUAAACUGAUAGUUGUACUAAUAAAGUAUUAACUGAGAGAAAUUUAGAAAUCGAUAGUUCCUUAAUGGAACCAUCAACAACUACUAGUAUUAAACAAUUUCAACUUGUUUGGCAAUCACCUUAUAGACCACAUAUAUAUACUAUUUAUUUUCCAUAUCCAUGUAAAAUUAUACAAUAUUUUAGAAUUACUUCAACAAACAAGAUCUUAACAAUUUUUAGUAGAGCAAAUUAAAAAGCCAUUAUAUUAUAAACUUUAAGGAUAAGUACCUUUUAAAUGUGUUUUGAGUGCUUUUGAGGCUGCUGGAUUUGAAAGGAGUGAUGAAGAUAAUUGGUUAAUUUAUUGGGGAUUAGCUAGUAAGGAAACUUUAGAUGAAAUGAAAAAGUAUUAAAAAACUAAUCAUUUUCCUGGUUGUUGGAGUAUAGGUAGAAAAGAUAAUUUAUGGAUUCAUUUAUCUAAAGUUAAAAGAAGAUUUCCAAAUGAAUAUUCCUUUAUUCCAAACACUUAUUUAUUGUAAUAUGAUUUUGACAGAUUUGAAAGAAUUAGAGAAUCUGCUCCAAAGAAGACUUUUUGGAUAAAAAAACCAGUUGCAUCUGCUAGAGGUAAUGGUAUAAAAUUAAUCGACAAAAAAACUAAAUUGACAGCUGAUAAAAGAUAUUUAGUAAUGGAUUAUAUUUAAAAUCCUCAUUUAAUUAAUAAUUUUAAAUAUGAUCUAAGAGUUUAUGUUUUAAUUACUUCUACUGAUCCAUUAAGAGUUUAUAUGUAUAAAGAUGGAUUGGUUAGAUUUGCUACUUAAGAAUAUUCACUUAAAAGUCAAGAUAUUAAGAAGAGAUUCAUACAUUUAACCAAUUUCUCAGUUAAUAAAUAAUCUCCAAAUUUCAUAGUUAAUAAUUAAGAGAUGGAAUAAUAAGUAAAAGCCUCUAAAUGGUCGCAUAAGGAAUACAAAUAAUAAUUAAUGGCUUAAGGCAUUAAUCAUAAAUUAUUAUUUAAAUCAAUUAAAGAUGUAGUAUUGAAGACUUGUAUUGCAGCUGAACCUCUUCUUCUUGAAAAUAGAAUAAGUAUAUUCUUACAUAUCAAUUAGCUAUGGAACAUAAAAAUAAUUACUUUGAAUUAUUUGGAUUUGAUAUAUUGAUAGAUGAAAAAUUAAAACCUUGGUUGCUUGAAGUUAAUGUAAGUCCUUCCUUAAAUUCAUCAUCUGAAUUGGAUGCAUAAAUUAAAACUAAAUUGAUAUCAGAUAUGUUGCAUUUGAUAGGGAUACAAUAUCAUACUAAAAAAGCAUUUAGGAUACAAAUAAAAAAGAAACUAUAUGAAAGGAAUAUCAAUGAAAUUUAAACCAUAAAUACAAGAAAUUUUAGAUAGAAAGUAAAUUAAGAAGAUUUAGAUGUUAUGAUAUAGAUAUAUAUUUAAAAUUUUAAUUUUACAAUCAUUAGAAGAAUAAUUGAGACUAGGAUAAUUUAAAUGUUUAUAUCCAAAUAAAAAAAAUAUCUUUGA